GUCGUCGCGGCGCUGCUGCACCCGCUCCUCUCGUGGCACAUUGGCCGGCUGAUGCAGUACGAGCGCCGCGGCGCCGCCAGGCGCGAGCAGGACGCGGCGGCGAGGCGCAAGGAGGAGGGGCGGAGGAGCGCAGGAGAGGGCGAGGCGGUGGCCAAGUCGCCGCGGGUCGUGGUCCUCACCUCCGCCGGCAAGGGCCUCAAGGCCAAGGCGGAGGGCAAGGACCCGCGCGAGGACGAGGACGCGCUCUCGGAGGCUGCGACAGCGUCGGGCCUCUCCAGGACGCCCUCCAUGGGGGACGUGCUCCUCGCCAACCAGCAGCAGGCCGUCCUCCCCGACACCCUCCGGUGAGAGGGGCGUGAGAGGCGCACCCGCCCGCCACACAAGAGGCGUUAGUGUAGUAAGCUCGGACCCACGCAAGGGGCGAGCGAGCGGUGCGAGAGAGAGAGAGAGAGAGAGAGAGAGAGAGAGUCGAGUAGCCUCUUGCCGGGCGCGCGUCGCGAGCGUCGACACGGUCGUGCGAGCAGGAAUCCGGUGUGCGGCGAGAGGCGCACACCCGAGGCGCAACGAGUCGAACCAGCGAUUGGAGCGCAUGCUGUGAUCGACCUCGCGCGUCUCGCUCUCGCGGUCUCGGACGUCGGAGAGAGCGUGUACGUGGGCCCCGGUGCGCGCGCCGUGGGCGCACACACGUCUCGUCGCACGUCGGUGGAGUCGACGUCCACUUAUGUUAGGAUGAGCGGAGAUUGCAUUGCUUUAUAUAUAGAGAGAGACUAGAAAGUUGUGAGUUAGAAAUGGUUCAACAC